AAAAUUGAACAAAAUUGUGAAUGUCAAGAGAGAGAUUUAAACCUAGGAAAAUAAUGCUUGAAGCUUCAACAGCCGUAGCCUUCACCCACAAAAACAAGCAGGAAAGCCUCCUCCUUCCCUCUCUGUGUCAGGUAAAUCUCUCUCCUUCUUGUCUCUCCUAAACCCUAAACAUGAAUCGUUUCAAAAUUCUGAAGCUUUCUUCUCUGAAGUUCAAACUAACCACUAAUUCCCAAUCCUUCGCACCCUUCUCUUCGAUUUCUCUCCAAGAAACUCCACUGGAAUCUCCAUUUCCAUCCACAAAUUCAAGCACAGACACCACUUCGCCUCAAACCCAGAAUUCUCUCGAACAAUCUGCCCGGUCCUCUCAGUGGCAUUUCAUCAAACAAGUAGAAUCCACUCUGACUCCGUCGCUUAUCUCUGAAACCCUUCAAAAUCUCCACGAAUCUCCACAGAUUGUUCUCGAAUUGUUAAACCACUUGCAGCCUCAAUUACUUGAUGCCGAAACUCUUUGCCUUGCCAUUGUCAUUGUUGCUUGUCUUCCAUCUCCCAAACCCACUUUACAGCUUCUCAAACAGGCUGUUGGGUGUGGCACUACUAAUUCAAUCAGGGAGAUUUUUGAAUGUUUAGCUGCUUCUCGUGAUCGUUUGGGUUUUAAAAGUAGUAUUGUUUUCGAUUACUUGAUUAAAUCUUGUUGUGAAAUGAAUAGGGUAGAUGAGGCUUUUGAGUGUUUUUACAUGAUGAAGGAAAAGGGUAUUUUACCUAAGAUUGAGACCUGCAAUGAUUUGCUGAGUUUGUGUUUGAAGUUGAAUAGAAUUGAGGCAGCUUGGGUUUUUUAUGCUGAGAUGUUUAGAUUGAGGAUUAAAUCUAGUGUUUGUACAUUUAACAUUAUGAUUAAUGUUCUAUGCAAGGAGGGGAAGUUGAAGAAGGCCAAGGAUUUUAUUGGGCAUAUGGAAAGUUUAGGGGUUAAACCGAAUGUCGUUACGUAUAAUACGAUUGUUCAUGGAUAUUGUUCAAGAGGGAGAGUUGAAGAGGCUGAUGCUAUUUUGGAUACUAUGAAAAGAAAAAAGAUCCAACCUGAUUCUUACACAUAUGGCUCUCUUAUCAAUGGGAUGUGCAAGCUAGGAAAACUUGAAGAAGCAUCAAAGAUUUUUGAAGAAAUGGUACAAAAUGGGUUGCUUCCUAGUGCUGUAACUUAUAAUACUUUGAUUGAUGGAUUUUGCAAUAAGGGUAAUUUGGAUAUUGCCUUUUCUUAUAAAGAUGAGAUGUUGAAGAAGGGCAUAAUGCCAACUGUGUCAACUUAUAACUUGUUGAUUCAUGCAUUGUUUAUGGAGCAAAGAAUAGAUGAAGCUGAAGGUAUGAUCAAAGAAAUUCAGGAGAAAGGAAUGUCUCCUGAUGCUAUUACAUAUAAUAUCUUGAUAAAUGGGUAUUGUAGAUGUGGAAAUGCAAAGAAAGCAUUUAGUCUACGUGAUCAAAUGUUGACGAGCGGUAUUCGGCCGACAAAAGUGACAUACACAUCACUUAUUCAUGUUUUGAGCAAAAAGAACAGAAUGAAGGAGGCAAAUGAUUUGUUUAAGAAGAUCACAAGUAAAGGUGUGUUGCCAGAUGUCAUUAUGUUUAAUGCUUUGAUUGAUGGUCAUUGCUCUAACAGUAAUGUCGAGCGUGCAUUAGAGCUUCUGAAAGAUAUGGAUAGGAUGAAGGUUCCACCUGAUGAAGUGACUUUCAAUACCAUAAUGCAAGGGCGUUGCAGGGAAGGAAAAGUUGAAGAAGCUCGCAAACUUUUUGAUGAGAUGAAGAGAAGAGGGAUCAAGCCCGACCAUGUUAGUUUCAAUACAUUAAUAAGUGGUUAUAGUAGACAAGGUGACAUAAAGGAUGCUUUCAGAGUACGGGAUGAGAUGCUCAAUACAGGAUUCAAUCCGACUCUUCUAACAUAUAAUGCCCUUAUACAAGGGUUAUGCAAAAACCAAGAAGCUGAUCAUGCUGAAGAGCUUCUUAAAGAAAUGGUCAGUAAAGGAAUUACACCUGAUGAUGGCACUUAUUUCUCAUUGAUUGAAGGUAUUACAAAAGUUAACAAUCCAGUUGAAAAUGAGAACACAUAAAAGAGUAUCUAUUUUGGUAGAAGUUUCCGUAGAGCGCCUUCAGGAGAAAGAGUCGCCCUCAUGUACUGAAGUUUCUGCUCCUGCCUCUUUAACAAGAGGAAAUUCCAAUAUGUUUCACAUACCAUUGUCCCAUCAAGUUGUGAACAAGGAUAAAUUUCUCGAGCCUUUUACGGAUUCUGAAUCGCUAUAAAAUACGAUGUUCAAACGCUAAAAUGAUAAGUUUCGAUUUGAAGCAGAAUCAGUUGUUCCCUUGAAUAGAAUCCAAAGGAAAUUCUCAACCUAAUCUCUUUCUCAUCAAUGGUGCUAUCUCUGCUGUAAUUCAAAGAUGAGACCAUUCAACUUUCUUUCCCUUUGGUUGGCGAAGUUACAGAUCAUGGACCAGUACAAUUCAUGCUCGCAAGACGUUUCGUCGUUCGUCUUCAUCUUUUCCUAUAUCAUCGACCAAAUCAAAACAAUAAAGGAGAGCACAAGAGAUAAGAUUAUGGACGACUUUAUUACAGAUUGAAAUGGAUAUUCAAAAGUGGGUCAAGGAAAGUCCAAAAGCUUUAUUGUAGGUGAUUCUUUCACAGUUUUUUCUGUUAAUCUGAAACAAAAGUUACCCUCCACUUAGCAUUUGCUUUUGAUCUUUACUUUCUUUUUAUAGUGCACUUAGAGGAUAAAGCCAAUGAGCAUCUAGGAAGGCAAGCAUUAAAUCUUUGCUUUUGUAGGUAUAGAACACAAUAUGCUUCAUUUAUUGCUAGCUUUCACUAUCACUAUUUCCAUUGGUUUGACUGCACUAAAUUCCUUGCAAUGCUACUAUCUUCUAAUACUUAAAAGUAUGAGCCACAUAUUAAUACAAAUCAAACUAUAUAACUUUCUUUUUAA